CUGCGAAUUGCCCUGACGCUUGCUGCCCCAAGCUGCCACCACAAUCACUGGUCACGUAUCGCGCACAAACAAUUGCGCUUAUCCGAAUCGCCUCAUGCUAUAAAAAGUUCAGCCCAUCCCACAUCUCUGUGCGCCAUCAUUAGCGACCGCGAUUCAAGAUGCCUCCUGCUCUCAGCGAUCACGAGUCCUCGGACAGCGAAGAAGUCCCCGCGCAAGCGACCACAAAGGGAAAAGGAAGACAACCAGUACAAGUCGAUCCUGUAGAAGAUGAGGAGGACGACAGUGAGGUGGGAGAAGACGAAUAUGUCGUUGAAGCCAUCUUCAACCACAGAUUCCAAAGAGGCGUUCUCCAAUUCGACGUCAAAUGGGAAGGCUACGACGACCCCAAAGACCGGACAUGGGAGUCAGAGGAAAACAUGGAGGGAGCUAUCGACGUACUGAACGAGUACUUCAAGAGUAUCGGAGGCCGUCCAGAGCCCAAGGGCCAAAAGCGCAAGGGCCGACCGUCGCUUGCGGGAAGGAAAUCAGAGUCGGAGACUCUUGCGUCUAGCACCAAGCGCGCGAAGGCAGACAAGGAGGAGAAGAAAGUGGCACAAUGGAGUCCACCACCAGGCUCGUGGGAACACGACGUCCACGAGAUCGACACAGUGGAGCAGACGAAGAACCCCAAGACAGGCGAACUCGAAAAGUUCGCAUACCUCGUGUGGAACAAUAAUCAAAAGACACAACAUCCUCUCAAACACGUCUACCAAAAGUGUCCGCAAAAGAUGCUGGCAUACUAUGAGAGUCACCUAGUCUUUUCCGAAACCAGCGACCAGCCUCUAAAAUGCGAAAAUGGUGAUGACAAUAACGACGCCGUAAUGACAGGCCACUAAUUCACUUCAAGUCGAAUAGUAUACGCAAC